AGAGCGAGCUAUAUGUCUGUCUGUCUCUCUCUCUAUCUAUCUAUCUAUUACUCGAAAGUUCGCGCGUCCGCGCUAGCUAGUCGUGAGUAGUAAACACAAAUUUAAUAUAAAAACAUAUUUCCUGAAAUUGCAAAUUAUUUAAAAUAUAAAAAUAUAAUUUUCAACAGAGAGAAUUUAUCAAAAUAGAAAACAAAUGAAGUUUGAAUUUUAAAAAUAAUAGGAUCGACCACUCACGACUAGCUAGCGCGAACUUUCGAGUAAUAGAUAGAUAGAUAGAGAGAGAGACAGACAGACAGACAUAGCUCGCUCCGGCCAGUCAUGGUAUUCGCUGUCAGUAGCCAAAGAAUCGACAGGCCAGCAACAGGCAGGCAGACAGACAGAUACUUCACUAGCAGUGAGCACUUUCACUUCUGACAGCUAAUAGCAUGAUAGUGCCCAUUGAACAAGUGGUGGCACGGAAGGUUGGCAGUUGGUAACAGCUGUGUGACUGGACCGACAUAAUACGGAAGAAGGGCUUCCACACUGUUGCUCCACAUGCUAGAAAUAGUAGCCAAAUCUCGCUCAAACCACAUUCUACCAUCGUCUUAAAGAAGGAAUUGAACGUUGGAUGAUAAAAUCAUACAUACAAACAUAUAUGCAUACAUACAGGCUUCGGCGAAUAAUCAAUGACCUGGGGCUAAACAAUAACAAAAGAUUUUAAAAGUUUUAAAUAUAUCCAAUUAGAGACUAACAACAUCUCUUGAUGUGAAAUACUUUCAAUUUUUUAGGAAAAUAGUUAUUGCUACUAUUGCAAUUAUAAGUACAAAACUAUUCUAACGUUCAUAACCGCCCUGUCUAUAUACACUUAAGACUGAAUUAUAUUUUUUCUUUUUAUGACGAAAGGGUGUGAUUUUAAAUCAAGCUACUACGGAGAAGUUUUCUUCAACCUAAAUUUAAAUUUGUUUACCAAACUUUAGCUUAAAUAUAUCAGAACAUAUGACAUUUCUUAGAAAACUGAUGAAACACUCGUUAUCUUUCGACACAUUAUCACACUUUGAAUAUCAAGGUUUUUUCUUACUUAAGCGCAUACAACACACCAUGGAGACUCUGUCAUAUGAACACAAGAACACAAAAAUGACAGCAGGCGACGAAAAAUCAUAUGAUGAAACCAUCAAAACUUUGAAUUCUUUACAGAGCAAAAAGAAAAUUCAAACACAGCCAACCAAUAAAAAGAAUAAAUUAGUCUUCAUUCAGCUGUGUCUUGAGAAUGUUGGUUUAACAUUAAAAGAAUUGGACAAUUUGUCUGUGAUCCAUGUUGCUGGUACUAAAGGAAAGGGAUCAACUUGUUACUACACUGAAUGUAUUCUUAGAAAUAAAGGUCAGAAAACAGGAUUUUUCAGUUCUCCACACCUGAUUAAAGUUCGUGAAAGAAUCCGUAUUAAUGGAGUUCCUCUAUCAAAAGAGGAUUUCACAAAAUAUUUUUGGAUUUGCUAUGACCUGCUAUUGAAGAAAAAUGAACAAAUGCCAUCAUAUUUUCAAAUGCUAACAGUUAUGGCUUUUUAUGUCUUCCACAAAGAAGCUGUUACUGUGGCAAUCAUUGAAGUAGGUAUUGGUGGUCUUUAUGAUUGUACUAACAUUGUUGAAAACCCAGUAGUAUGUGGAAUUACACAUCUAGGUAUUGACCAUGUAAAUGUACUUGGUAAUACAUUAGAGAGCAUUGCAGCACAUAAAGCUGGUAUUUUCAAGCCAGGUUCCAUUGCUGUUACUGUUCCUCAGAAGGAAAAUGCCAUGAAAAUUUUGAAGCAGACUGCCACAAAUAAGAACUGUUGUUUGUAUUUAAGCCCACCAUUUUCAUCUUAUGAGAUAUUCAAAGAGAACCCUGUAUUUUACAAUAAAGAACCACUUGAACUUGAAAAUAUGACAUUAGCUGUUCAGUUGUCCAGGAUUUGGAUGAACUGUAAGAAAAGAGACACAACUACUGAAGUUGCAUUGGCAGAACCUGUAGACAGUGAAGAAGCCAUUCCUUUUCUUCAUUCUGUUGUUGAAGAUGUUGAUAGAGUAAUUGAAGCUCUCACAUCAAACCAAUGGUUUGGACGUGUUCAGAUUGUGAAAAGACACAACAUAACAUAUUACCUUGAUGGUGCACACACUGAAGAGAGUAUAAUGUUGUGUUGCGAAUGGUUUAAGAAAAGAUCUGCUGAAGAGAUAAGAUCUUUAUCUGAUAACCAAAAAGUGGUGAAAAUUUUGAUGUUUAAUAUCACUGGGGCACGUAACUCUCUUGAUUUACUGAAUCAUCUAAAGGAGUGUAACUUUGAUUUGGCUGUCUUUACUCCCAAUAUAUGCUACAGUGAGGAAGUUAUAACUGAUCAAUUAAAGCUUGCUGUUACUACACAUGAUGCCAACAAAGUUUGCCAGACAAAUGAAAAUUUCUGGAGAAAUCUUCAGUGUAACAAAAGCAGUGGAGACAAAGACAAAUUUCUUAAUAAUAAUAAUAAUAAUUAUAAAUAUAACGAACCUAAUCAACAACCAAAUUCAGAUGUAGCAGAAUCUGAAACGCAUGUUUUUGAAAGUAUCCAUGACUGCAUAUUUUGGUGUAGUCAAGGCAAAGAUAAAGCUUUAAAUAAACGUCUCUCUAUUCAACCAUCAAUGCCAUCAAUACUGGAAGAAGCUGAUCAUGUCCAAAUCUUAGUAACUGGUAGCCUUUACUUAGUAGGAGGUGUUCUUACAAUAUUUAGAGACUCAGUAUAAAUCUUGUUCCCUUAAAGCAAACAAUAUGUAUGCCUUAUCUUGAGAACAAUUCUGAAAGACAGAUUCAGAGUUGUGGUUAUGGAAACUGUGUUGAAUAUUACAAGACACAAUUGAAUAUGAAUGACUUUGCCAUUAAUUAGCACUCUGCAAUAUAUAUAAAAUGACAUACAACAUUUAAAAGAGUUGGGAAUGUUGUAGAAGUGCAUAAAUUGUAGAAAAUAUUUAUUAGCCAUUUUAGGAUUGCACAAAGAUUGUCAACUUCACUUAGACAUUUAAUAUUUUAGUGCAGCUUUCACAAUGAAUGUUUUGAUAUUAAAUAACAAAUAAUAAAUGUUUAAGUGAAUUUAACUGUCUUACUGUAUUUUAAAAAUGGCUAACAGGUCUUCUAUGCUGCAAUCAUUUUAUUUACAACACACUGUCCAAGACCAAAUCCCUUGCCUGGCCAGUAUGCCUUCGAAACGUAGAAAAUAUAGAAUUAAAUUUUUUUUUAAACUAUUGUAGUGGUGCUAUAUAGCAUGGCCAGAGUAGAAUGGCUGGAACCAUGAAAAGAAUAACUGGUUAUUUUCUGUGAUUUGGUUAUUAUUUCUUUCACUAACAAGACUUCAAACAUGAAUUGUACAUUUUCUGAUUUUUAACCCUUUAGCAUUCAGAUUAUUCUGUCAAAUGUUCUACUUUUUCAUUCACAUUGUUUUUAAUUGAUCAUGAACUAUCUGGUAGCUUUGGGAUUUUGAUGAUGAAAAUGUAUAUCAUUUAGGGGCAUUGACGAGUAAGUGUGAUAGGCUGGAUCUGGCUGGUUAGAACAUAAGGCAGAAAGCUUAUUUGGGCUGGAUAUGGCCAGUUUAAAUACUAAAAAGUUAAACUAACCAUAUGCAGCCCAAAUGCUCUAUCUGUUCAAACUGUCCAGACCCAGCUUCUUAUCUCCAAUUUCAUUCUAAAAAUAGACAAUCAUAUCAUCAAAAUCUUGAAGUUACAAUAUAAUGCAUGAUUAAUUUAAGAAAAUGUAAAUAAAUAAGCAUUACAUUUUUCAGUAAUAUGAAUGCUAACAUAUUAAAUUGUACAAAGAGAAUAAAUCCUCUUUUGAAACCUUAUUUAGCUUAUAUUCAGACUUUAAUUGUAUUAAAGUGCCUAAGUUUUAUGUCUUAGUUAAAGAGGGAUUGCAAAAAUCUAUGAAUAUGUUUUAGGGCUUUAGCUAGAGGAAAAGAAACGAUUCAUGAGUUAUUGCCAGAAUGGACUCUACUAAAUACAUCCAAGGACCAAAUAUUGAUAUUAAACUGGGUAGGGAAUUAAAUUGUAUCACCCAAGAAGAAAUACAAUUUAUCUGAGGAACUUUCCAUAUAGUUUUGGUCCACCUAAUUUCAUUUACAAGCUAAAGUGUCCAAAACAAGUGGUGGUGGUCACUUUUUGUGCAUUCUCAAAGUUUUGUUUAUAUUCUGCCAAUAAAUUUUGAUUUUUUUUCUUACUGCAACAAAUUCAGUUAUGUGCUUGAAUUGAAUUUACCAGGAUUUAUUAGCCAUGAAUAUGUUUCAAGAGAAUCUGACAACUCCAUCUUAAGUGAUACAACAAUGCUCACAAUAAGAUAUACAGGGUGUCCACAAAGUCUGGGCACAUGACGAUUAACACAUGCUUUAAGAAAUUGUUAUUUCUUAUAUUUAAUUGUUUAUGUUAUGAUUUUAUUCACUCCAUGUACCCAGUCUUUGUGGACACCCUGUAGAAUUAGCAAUAAUGUUAAGUAAAGGAAAAUAUUUCAUUAUCAGAUUAGUAUUGGGACAUUUAUAAGUACACAAAUGUACUGAUAUCGGAUCUAUGGCAGUGGAUACUCCAAGUAAUGAUUAGUACUGUACUAUGUACAUGACUGACACACUGAAUUUUUUCUCAAUCGGGUCUUAUGGAGGUAAGUAGGUAUCAUGUAAACACUUACUUAUGUAAACACUUACUUAUGUAAACUGCAGGAGCACCACUUAAUUAUUAUUGAAUAUUUCUAUUAGUUUGCAAUUCUGAGCUGAUGUUUUCUCUAGUUCAACAGGGCUCUAAUAGAAAACUUGCCAAGAUUCAAACCCUAAAGUUUUAGUAUUAUUCAGUAUUUUUAAAGCAUAGAUCAUGACCUUGUCUCUCAAGAAAUUUGUUUUAUUUAGACAUGUUUAUCUUGGCAACAGUAAAAUUGGUUUAUUUGGUGUUUUUCAACUAAUCAGAAAUAUCAGCUUGCUCUUUCUAGCCAUCACUCAUUUUCUUCACUUCUAUAAAAAUAGACGAAUGGAUCUGUAAAAGUUUGAUAGUUGUUAUAGAGAGUUUAGUCUCUCUAUCACCUUUCAACAUAAUUAUAUAUGAAGAGACAUUAGAACAAUUAACAACAUAAUAAAAAGGUUUUAUUUAUGAUGAUGCUUGGUUAUUACAUAUCCUGUGUCACUCAGCUUAGCAGCCGCUGAUUAAGUUGUAAUUGGUAUUGGAAAGUUUAGAGCUUCCUUGAUGCCUGCCAGAGAAGCAAAAGGCUAUCAUAUCGAUAGCAUCGUGGUGAAGAGUGCUUUGUUGAGGAGCGAGGAGUUGUCACGUAGAAGGUCUCUCGCUCAACUGGCUUAGAAAGUGAAAUAACUCUUUAAGUACUAGUUUUACUACGCAUGCGCACUCGAGGGGCUUCCGGUGGUGAAGUCCCUUGCGCAUGCGUAGAAUAGUACUUCCUCAAUGGCGGCUAUAAUUUCACGCCACUACAGAUCUUUCACCAGAAUUGAGUUGCAGGUGUAGUUUUCAAAAGAGAAAGAAUAUUUAUUUAAGACAAGAGAAUGCUUGACCCUCAAUUUUGGCUGUAAAAUGAGAGUAACCUGCAGCAGCAACACCACCACUGACUGCUACCACUACUACUACAAGUAACAGCAGCAAGAAACUAUCAAUGUAAUUUGUGACAACCAUAACUCGCUUUACUAUGUUGUCACCUCAGAUACACAUUGUAGACACCUUUCAAAAACUUCUACCAAACAACCAACAAGUUAAACUGAUGCUAAUAUACACACUGCCAAGCAGUUAAGCCAAAUAUAUUCACACAGACACAUACAACAGCAUAAUAUUAGUAGCAUUAUUAUAACAACAUUAAGGCAGCAAGCUGGCAAAAUCGCUAGCACGCUGGGUGAAAUGCUUAGUGGUAUUUUGUCUACUGCUAUGUUCUGAGUUCAAAUUCUGUUGAGGUGGACUUUGCCUUUCAUCUUUUCAGAGUUGAUAAAUUAAGUACCAGUUGCCUACUGGAGUCAAUCUAAUCAACUGGCCCCCUCCCCUAAAAUUUCAGGCCUUGUGCCUAUAGUAAAAAGGAUUAUUACAACAGCAUUAUGCUAGCAGUUCAACCAAAUGUAUACUGAAGUUUUCUUUACUAAAGAUAUUUUAACUUAUCUUUUCUCUGUUCCAGUAACAAUUCAAAACUAUUUUCUAUAGCAUUUGAAGAAAUAAAUAUUUUUUUACAUCUGAGAAGCCUUAUUCCUUUCAAGAUAUCUCUCACUCACCUUUCUUCUCAACAACAUGCCUACUCCAAACAUAACAGCUGAUCUCCACCAAAAGACUACAAAGUCUUUCUAUUCAUUAAUCUAAUUAAUACACCUGAAUGUUACAUAAUCACUCAAGUGGCCAGUCUUUAAUUAUGGUGAGCCUUGCAUGAGAUCCAAUUUUUUGAAUUGAUAAUGACUUACAUGUAACUGUAUCUUUAGAGUAAGCUAUUUGCACUGACUAACAAAGCUGUUCCACUGAAUUAUGUCAAAGUGGUGGUGGUGGUGGUGGUGGUGGUGGUGGUCACAAGGCUACUAAUUCUUGGAUGGUGAAUAUAUCAACCCCGGUGAUCACUCGUUAACCCAUUGUAUUCAUCCUUUAUUAUUCAGAGGAAUAUUGUCACUGACUAUUAGAGAUGUUCAAAUGAAUUAUAUUGUAAUAUUAGCAAUAAGUCUUGGGCGUGGACUAUAGACACAAGCAUGCAUAUGUGGUUAAGAAGUCUGCUUCUCAACCACAUGGUUUUGAGUUCAAUGCCACAGUGUGACAUCUUGGGGAGGUGUCUGCUACUUUAGACUCUGGCUGACAAAAGCCUGUCAUAUAUAUAUAUAACCCAUGACCGUUAUUUGAAACGACCAAUGAAACAGAUCUAUGUGUUUCAAAUUUUAUAUUAGUUUUGAUUGCGUUGUCAUUCCUUUCCUAUUUCUAACAAAACUGUCCGAUGAAUGGGAAUGUGAAACUCUGAGUAACAGUCUUUUGUUAUAUUUCUGCUGCUUUUAAAUAAAGUAUAUAUGUAUAUAUAUAUAUAUAUAUAUAUAUAUAUAUAUAUAUAUAUAUAUAUAUAUAUAUAUAUACAAUGAAAAGAAGAAGACAACAAAAAUACUUUAACACAUCUUUAAUUAUAAGUUACACAAGCUUCCAUACCAUCUCCAUUUGCAACACCAGUUUACAUGAAAAUUCUAAAAAGAAAUUACUUAAUAUAUGCGGUUUUAGGUAUUGGAGAGGCACUUCCUCAGACUUACAUCAAAGCAUGUUAUUACACUGUGCAUCUAUCAGAUCUUGAUAACAACAAGGUCUGAUAGAAGCACAAUGUAAUAGCAUGUCUUUGAUGUAAGUCUGAAGAAGUGUCCCUCCAAUGCCUAAAAUACAAUCCAGUAUGUAUAUGCUGUCAUUGUUGCAUUGAGGUAAAGUACAACAAAUAAGGUACAGCAAACAAAUAUCAUUUGUUACUCUGUCUGAAGAAUUUCUAAUAGGAAAUUUCUUACAUGUUUAUCUAACAUGUAAAACUUUGUAAUUCCUAUUAGCAAAUGAAACAUGUGUAAUGGUGAAUAAAUAAUACCAACAAAU